AUGUCCACCCCCCAGGUGGCUAGAGCACAGGCAAGCUACAGCUACUCCAGGCAAGCCAGCUAUCCAGCACAUCGAGGAAAUCCAGUCGCUAGUGCUGCUCGCGUGGCCAAACCUGUAGAUGGAUCCGAAUCAUGGUACCUCGAGAAUGAUGUAUCUAAUCGUAUGGUACUGUCGAUGCGCUCUGGGAUUACUGGUGAAGUCGGCUGGGCCUUGACACGUCUUGGAAAUCUUGCGCAUCUGUGGGGAAAUCGAUACUCGUUGCAAAACAUGCCAGGCUCCGUGGACGCGCUCUUUGCACUCGCAGACUGGUAUAUCGACAACACGGCAUCAAGCCCUGAUCUAGAACUAUUCUCUACAGAUAAAGAAACAUGGACGCGCCGCGCACAUGCUUUGGAGGCUCUGUUGAUUUUGCGAAACUCGGCAUUGGAAGAAAGCAACAUGCGUCCGAUCCUCCAGCAUCCUUAUACUUUAACUUUUAUUUCCAACGCGUUGUACAAACUUCAGCCUGCCGAAUCUCACGCCGAAUUCCUGGUUUACACGCUUGAUAUUUUGCAAGCGCUCGGUCCUCAUCUGAUCUUGCCUCCUCCAACGAACGAGGAAACUGUCAAGCGUCAAAGUUUGCGUCGAAAGAAAAAGCGCAAGCACGAGAAGCCAUCAAUACCGGUUACUAGAAUAUCGGAAAUCGCAGCAACUUCAGACGACAGGGCACUCAUAAUUUCUUCCCUGAGUACUUUGACUGCUAUUUUUUCAGUCCCUGAAAAUACUCUUCAUAUUGAAUUGUCUUCUCAAGCACUUGAUGCAGCGCUACGAUACCUUCCGCUAACGCAGGAUAAACCCCUGCUUACUACAUCUCUGGAUUAUCUAUUUGUUCAUUUAUCCUAUGCCCCUGUCUCUAAAGCCUUCUUAAUGAAUCCCCAGAUGCCGGAGGCCGUCAAGUUGCUGGUUGCCGUCUUGAGGCUCGAACAGCGUGAAGAAAUCCGGUCUCAACCGCUCCCUCCAGCGUCAGCACCAGCAAAUCCACCCGCACCUACUCACAAGGACUACCAAUUAUCCCUCGAAGAGCUACAAAAAUUAAUACCAAUUCCAGAGCCAAGUCGAUCGAUUCAGUGGAUGCAAACCGUCUUUGUCGCGGCCCCCGAAGAAGAACAAACCCAAGUUACCCUAUGGUCACUUUACCGGGAUACGUUUACGCCCUACACACACCAGUACCUUCCGCUCAAUGCCUCGGACGUAAUCCGAAAUGUGACUAUAGCUUUCCCUUCGGCCCAGCCCAUGGUUUUCCCUGGCCCACCUCAACGUUUCGUCAUUAGGGGCAUCGGUCGACGACAGCAGCCCGUCCAAGACCGCUUUAAAUGCCACUGGAACAGAGGUGCUUGUACAGCAGAGAUAUUCAAGAGUCCAGCAGAGCUACAUCGCCAUCUUGAAGAACACUUGAAUGCCGCUGGCGUAGUCCCUCCUGCCCAGUGCCUGUGGGCAACGUGUGCGCACACAGACGAACCAGCUCGCCUCGGAACCCAUGUGCUCACACACAUACCAAAUUCUCAAUCAUCCGAAUCAACUCCACAAGCAAAUUCUCAACUUAACUCCGUGGCUUACCAAGUUGCUGCAGCCCACUCGCCCGAGACCACCUCCUUGCUACUCACAGCUUUGCUCGUUCUUCGUUUGAUAUGGCGCGCAGCGAUUCCCGCAACCCUUCAUGCCGGCGCUAGUGUACCCAAGGCUGACGAAGACCAUUUCGGAUUCCCCGCCCCUCCGGGGCUGUUAGACCGAGGCACAGAAGAGGAUGAAAUGGGCGGUGAGGCAUUGGAAGGCGAGAAGAGAGGGGUGCGAGCGUUCAAGACGGUGGUUGAAAGGUUGCAGGGUGUGAAGAUGGCUGAUGAUAUUCUCAUGAGCUGGGUGACAGAGAUGGUUGAGUCUGUAGGGGGAAGCGGGGUUGCCUGA